AGAGGGGUUCAUGCAUACAUGCAUUCAGCAAAUAAUUAUUCAUUUAUAUGUGACAGGCACUAUAGAAAUAAUAUUAAAAUGUAAGAUAGCACUUAAGUUUUUAUAUGAUUAUACUCUAAUCAGUUGUUUUUAAAACUUUGCAGAUAGAUGGACUAUAAGGCAAUUGCCCAACAAACGGCCCAAGAAGUUUUAGGCUAUAAUCAAGAUACAUCAGGCUGGAAAGUGGUUAAAACUUCAAAAAAGAUAACUGUUUCCAGUAAGCCUUCUAGAAAAUUCCAUGGAAAUCUAUAUCGUGUUGAAGGGAUAAUUCCAGAAUCAGCAGCUAAACUAUCUGAUUUCCUCUACCAAACUGGAGGCAGAGUUACAUGGGAUAAAUCAUUGCAAGUGUAUGAUAUGGUACACAGGAUUGAUUCGGACACUUUCAUAUGUCAUACCAUUACACAAAGUUUUGCUAUGGGCUCCAUUUCUCCUCGAGACUUUAUCGGCUUAGUGUACAUCAAGUGCUACGAAGGAAAUAUGAACAUUAUCAGUUGUACAAGUGUGGAUUUUCCAGAAUAUCCUCCAUCUUCAAAUUAUAUCCGUGGUUAUAACCACCCUUGUGGCUUUGUAUGUUCACCAAUGAAAGAAAAUCUAGCAUAUUCCAAAAUAGUGAUGUUUGUCCAGACAGAAAUGAGAGGAAAAUUGUCCCCAGCAAUAAUUGAAAAAGCUAUGCCUUCCAACUUAGUAAACAUCAUCCUCAAUGCAAAAGAUGCAAUAAAGGCACACAAAACUCCAUCAGGACGUGGAUUUCAUCAUAAUAGUCAUUCCUGAUACCAAAAGAAGAAAUGAGGCCAUUCUGCUUUAAAAUCAUGUGUAAUAGUUAUUGCAGUUUACUUCUAAGUCAACACACAUAAAUAAUACUGUUAAACUAUUCUAGACAGUAUUCUUGUACACAUUUCUGAAGAUUGUUCAUGAAAAUAAGAACUCAUUGUUGUACAAGAAAAUGGCAUUAAAUAUAGUUUUUAAUCUCA